GUCUGACUCUGCUGACACUUCCAUCUCACAGUUUAAUUAUAAGGUCUUGGCUUCUGAUGAUGUCUUCGCUCAAAAGAAGUAAAUACAUAGCUUUGGUACGAAUGCUGAUUCCCUGGAUUUUACUGACGAACGUCGUCCUGGUGCUGUACUGUGUAACAAACCCAAGCCAAGGGACUAUGAGGGAGCUUCAAGUUGACACCUGUCCACUCAGCGUAGCCAAAUCAUUAAGAAAAAGUUCAAUGGUUCUCGCUGACACCUCCACAUCUGGGGAGGAGUGCUCCCCCAAAGUGAACAUCAUGUUCAUGAAGACCCAUAAAACUGCAAGCAGCACCAUCCUCAACAUCCUGUUCAGAUUUGGGGAAAAGCAUGAGCUUAAGUUUGCUUUCCCUGAUGGAAGGAAUGACUUCUUCUACCCAUCGCCGUUCCUGCGCUCCCAGGUGAAGAACUACAGGCCAGGGGACUGUUUCAACAUUGUUUGUAACCACAUGCGCUUCAGCCAUGAAGAGGUUGCCAAACUCCUGCCUCCUGAUGCUAUGUACAUCACCAUCUUACGUAACCCGGUUGAUCUCUUUGAGUCGUCCUUCCAUUAUUACCACAGAGCAGUUCCCUUCACCUGGAGCAUUAGUGGAGAGAACAAACUGGCAGAAUUUCUGAACAAUCCUUUGGCUUAUUACAGUCCAGAGGCUUUUAACUCAUUCUAUCUUAAAAAUAUGCUGUUUUUUGACUUUGGCUUUGACAACAACCUUGAAGCUGAUGACCCCCAUGUUAUAAGAUCUAUUCAUUACUUAUCAAAACGCUUUAAUCUGGUCCUCAUAGCAGAAUAUUUUGACGAGUCUCUGAUUCUGCUUAAGGAUCUACUCUGUUGGACUAUGGAGGACAUUCUGUAUUUUACGCUUAACGCUCGCAAGAGCUCGAUGGUGUCUAAACUGGACUCCAGGAUGAGGGCCAAAGCUUUACAGUGGAACGGGGCUGACUGGAAACUCUAUCAAUAUUUCAAUGCUACCUUCUGGGCCAGAGUGGAAACUUAUGGGAGAGAACGGAUGGAAAAGGAAGUAUAUGAACUGAGGAAGAAAAAUACUGAGAUGAAGAACAUCUGCAUUAAGGGUGCAGGUGCUGUUGAAGCCCAAAAGAUUCAGGACAGACGUUUCCUGCCUUGGCAGCCAGUUGGAGAAAAAUCCAUCCUGGGUUACAACAUGAAAAAACACAUUGAUCCCAGAUUUGAGACAAUUUGUGAAAAAAUGCUCACACCUGAAAUACAAUACUUAUCAGACUUGGGUGUAAGCCUGUGGCUUACUAAACUAUGGGGCUGGUUAAUAGAUUAUUUUUAUUGACUGUUCAUUGUAUCACUGUAUCCUUAUUAUUUAAUAUGGCUCUAGAGUUGUUAACAAGAACAGAAGCAGCAAAUGUACAACUGUAUUUGAUGUAUGCAAUAUGAAGAGGUUUUAGGUUUUCCUAAAAUAUCAGUUAGGUUUUUUUUCUUUUUUACCUGAUUUGAUGCUUAUUUCUCCACCAAGGUUAGUCCUGAGCUUGAGACGUCAUUAAGACAUUGUCUUAUUGGGAUUAAGCUAGAGGUGCAUUGCUACAUUUGAUCAACAUGUCUAGACAACAUUUUGUAACAUUUUUUUGUCAAAUCUGAGUAUUAGAAGGUGCUCUGUGACAUAUUUUCUAGUCUGACAUGUAUGAUUUUAUGGCAUCUGCAUGCUAAAUAUGUAAUAUGCACAUAAUUCCUGUAAAAGGCAAGCAGAUGGGUCAUUUCAAAUAACACAGAUGGAUGAAGAAAUGACAUGAAAAAAUGCUAAAAUUCUAUG